UCGUGCAAGCGCCAAAGCAUUCACUCACCGAAGUUUCACGCACUACAAAAGAUCGCCUUAGGACGUACUUUUAAAAUUUACUUUUGCUAAAGAAUUGAGAAAAGGUAAAUAAAAUGCCUAAAGCAAGAAAAGAUCCUAACAAACCUAAAGGUGCGAAAACUUCCUUCAUUAUAUUUGGAGAAAAAACGCGAGCAGAUCGUUUAGAAAAAGGAGAAACAAUCCCAACACAAACAGAAUUUGCAAAGGAAUUAGGCAAUCUAUGGAAAGAAAUGAGUAAAGAAGAAAAAAAACCAUACCUUGAUCUAGCUGCUGAAGACAAAAAGCGUUUCCAAAAAGAAAUGGAGGGAUAUAAUCCUCCCAGUGACAGUGAAUCAGACGACGAAGACAAAGAACCAAAGAAAAAAAAGAAAAGAGCAAAGAAAGAUCCUAAUGCCCCUAAAAGAAAUGUGUCAGCUUAUUUUCAUUUUGCUUCUGCGAUUAGGCCAAAAUUAAAAGCUGAUAAUCCUACACUUGGUGUAACAGAACUUGCUAAGAUGAUCGGAGAGCGAUGGCAAAAAUUAACAGAUUCAGACAAGAAGCCUUAUGAAAAUUUAGCUGCUAAAGAUAGAGAUAGGUAUCAACGAGAACUCUCUGAAUACAAUUCAUAAAUAACGAUUAUUUUAAUUUUGAGGUGUAUAUAGGACUAUGCUUUGUUCUAGACCACUGUGGGUGAAUAUUGUGGAUAAACUGUUACAAUGUUCAAUUUUAUUACCUAUUAGCAAUGUUAAUUGUUAUUAUAUAUCACUGUUGUCUAUGUUUUAUGUUUUUGAAUGUAAAAUACUGGGCAGCUUUUAUAAAACUAAAAAUUCAGAGAAAUAUUUUUUAAGUUCAUGGAACUACAAAUUUAUGUAGUUCAUUCUCCAAUAUUAAUUAUUUAUCUUAGCUAUAAAUUCACUAGUCUCGUAUAUAUAUAUAUAUAUAUAUAUAUAUAUAUAUAUAUAUAUAUAUAUAUAUAUAUAUAUAUAUAUAUAUAUAUAUAUAUAUAUAUAUAUAUAUUGAUGAGUUAAUAUAGAAUUUUUCUUUUUCUCUUUAAAAUAAUAUUAGUCGCAGUUUUGUUGUGGAUUUAUUAUAUUGUUUUAUUGUGAAAACUGGAAUCUUAUAUUUAUUUAUAAGUUUGUAUAUAAAUGACCAUCAAAAUGUUUGAGUGGUUCUGUAUCAUUCGUGUUAGAUAAAUGAGAGAUUUUAAAUAACUUUAAAA